AUGCAAUACAAUGCCGAUCUUCUGAAGAGGCUUACCAAGUCUAACCUGCUGCCAGAAAGACCAGGCCAAGUGGUCUGCGCUUACUUCAUUGGUUUUGACUAUAAUGAUGCCAACUCAACCAUCACUCGUCGUAUAGCUACAGUUUGCCCACACAAUUCGAAUGGAACAACUCAGAAGUAAGGAUUACUGUUUUUAGGUGUAGAAGUUGGGGCAUGGAGGAGGGGUAAAUAGUUUUUAAUUUUUUUUGAAAAAAUUUGAGAUUGGCCUUAGGGGUAAGAAUUGGGCUGUAUAGUUUUAGGCCGAUCUUAUUGCAGCUGAAACGAGUUGAGCUUAAAAGUUCCGGCCUUUUGCUCGGGCUGGGCCUAAAGCGAAAGUUAAAACAGAACGAGUCUAAAAGUUCGAACCGGCUUGUGGUCCGGACUUAAAAACUAGGCUUGGAUACAAAAAAAAUGUUUAAUGCCAGAUCAAGCUGGGCCUAGAAUGUUUUCAACCAGGCCGUGCCUGGAAAACCUGAGAAAAAACUAAAACGGGCCAGGACCUAAACGUUGGACUCCGGCCAUGGGCCGGAAAUUUAAAGUGAGGUCAGGAAUGGGUCUGGCCUAAAAACUGAGUCUGGUUUGCUUUUUACUAGUUUAGACUGGAAACAGACAGCCAAAUGGCUUUCUUUUCAUGCUUAGUUUAGACUAGAAGUAAGCGGCUGGGAGGGUUUUUCUUCUAUUCUAGUUUAGCCUGAAAGUAGGCUUAGCCCGGUAUACUAUUAACUUUAGUUUUAAAUUUUAGUGAAUACAGGCUGGACGUAUACAGCACGUUCGAGCCUUCUGACUACUUGUUUACACCCAAAAACAUUGACAGUUUGUUUGUCUACGGCAGAAAUGAUGAAGAGAAGUAAGUUUAAGUUUUCUGUUUAUAGUUUGGCAAAACUCGAUUAAAACUUUAGUAACAUUCGUGAUCUUUUAAGUAGUUGGUUGUUCAAAAAAUAAUGAUCUACUGAAAUAUGUGUAAUAGUUCAUUGUUUUUCGAACAACUUAAUACAUAAGUAAUAUGUCCAAACUUUUAGGUACCCAUUGUUCAAGUUGUACCAGCCCAAACAGAUCUUAACCCUUGGUACGACCAGACAAAUGGAAGAAGAAGUUCGCAUGGUUGGAGACUACCUUUUGUUUCAAGGUCCAAAUGUAUCUGAAGUACAUGACAUAAAUCAGCCAGACGGAAAAUAUAAAUACGAAGCUGUCAAUGAUGGUUUAUUCAACAUAUCGACGCAAAAUGUUAUGGGAACGAUUGAAAAUGGAGACUUGUGGUUUCCUAAUAAAACCUGCAAGACUUUGAAACCUGUUGAAGUCUCGAAUGUCACCGAACACAACUUGGUGGCUUAUGAUUGUCCGAAUCCGGAAAAGCUGCUUCUGCCAAUGGUAGGGUAGUUUAAUAUAUGUAAAAGUCAAAUACCAUUGAGACUUAUGGCAUUUGUAUUUCUUUUGUAUGAGCGUUUUUUUCAUCGCAGAAGGUCUUGCUUAGCCUUUAUACAUCAGCAUAGCGGACAGUAUUAGGGCUAGGACUAAUUUUGGAAUUGGGGUUAGUAGGGCUGAGUUUGCAGUUGAGGCAGAAUCUGGAAUUGAAGCUGCAGCCAAGGCUGCGGCUAAUGUUGAGGCAGCGUUGGUGCUUGGAAUGAGGGUGGGACUUUUACUAUGGUUAGGGUUUAGGGCUAGGGUUCUGGGUUAGGGCUAAUGCUAAGAACUAGGGCUCUGGGCUAGCGUUCUGUCAAUGGCUCCAACUUUGAUUUUGUUAUAAAAAUAUGUAUUUUAGGCACAAUGGAGGGUCAUUAAAAAUGUCAGAUUUGAACGUAUUGAUGGAAAUGCAACUGACUUUGCCAUGCUGUAUUAUGCGUAAGUUUUCACAGAAUUAUUUGAACAACCUAAUAGUAUUAUCUGUAGUUGAAAUAAUGGAUGAUAAGCUUUAACAUGUAAAGGUUGAUAAUUUUAGGAAAGCGCCCAAAGCAACUACUACCACGACGGUGGUCACCAACACCACUACAUCAAUUUUUUUACCUCGGACAUGGUAAGUUUAGCUUUGUGUAGAAUUGUCUUGGCAAGGAUUAUGUAGUAUUUGAAAUGCUUUUUUACAUUGUCUAAAGGGAUAACAUCAGAAGGUUUCAAAAGGUUUGGUAAGGUUUUGCUUACAGUUAUGGCAAGGUCUUUAGCUACUGUUUUGGCUAGGGUUUUGGCUACGGUUUAGGCUACAGUUUUGGCUAGAGUUUUCACUAGGUUUUGGCUAGAGUUUCGGCUAGGUUUUGGCUAGAGUUUUGGCUUGGUUUUUGGCUACCAUUUUGAUUACAGUUUUGGCUGCAACUUUGACCAGCGUUUUUGCUAGAGCACUUACCUUGUACGAUAGUCAUACCAAAGUCCUAGUUUAGCUCUAUCUUAGUUUUAACCUAGAUUUACACUAGCCUUUUUCUAGCUCCUCCAUCAAUCCCAAACUGGCCAUAUUAUCCUAGAUAUCGCGUUAGCUUUAGUGCAUUGCUAAUGUCCCUAAUUUUUAGGGUUCCUCCGAAUGCUACUACCGGGAGCAACGAAACAAGAGAGCUUUUUCUCUUCGCUGAAACGAACUACUUGAAAAGACUUAACAUGGUGUAAGUUGGUGAUUUUAUCCUUAUUUUUAAAUUUUUAAAAAUUAAUUAAAAAUUUUUAUUUCUAAUUUAAAUUUUUUUUUCAACUUUCAAUUUCAAAAAAUAUAUUAAUAUUAGGAGGCUAGGGUUUUGGCUAAACUUUUUAAAGCUAAAAUACGUUAGUUUUUUUUGUUUUUUAAAAAUUUGAUUUGUGUCGUAGCUCAUUAUUUUUUGAACAACAAUAAAAAAUCAAAAAUAAUUGUGGUUUUAGCACGUAUUUUGACGUCGUGGUAUUCUUGGCGGUGAUAGGCAUAACCCUCUGUGUGACAAGCUUUUGUAGCUUGAUAGCAAUAAAGGAGGUUGUCAAAUACAAAGAAGAGAAAAAGCGAAGUGUCAGAAAAGUUACGGUGAAGAAAAAUAAAACGCAGGCAACGGAAGAUCAACCCUCCACAAACUCUCUUACUCUAGAUGUGAAGAAAGCAAGGUAA